UAGACCAUCAUCUGCUGCCAGCAUGUCUCCACGAGGAGGGAGGGGUGCAGCAGCUGGCAGAUCGCCUGCUACUGGGAGAUUCAAAAACAAGGCCCUUCAGCUCAGCCUCUCCAAGAAAUUCUGCUCAAAGUCACAGUCCCCCAAAGGGAAGGGCUCUGCUGAAGAGGACGCUCGUCGGCGCAGUAAAAGGAGCCUCAGCAACAGCUCAAUGGUGGCCGCUGCCUACAUCUCCUACCUCAAUAAACUCUUUGGCCAGGAGAGAGAGCUGAUGCCCGAGGAGUUAGAUGAGCUGCAGGUGGCCUUUAAGGAAUUUGACUACGAUGCGGAUGGCUUCAUCCAUUAUAAAGACAUCGCAGACUGCAUGAGGACCAUGGGCUACAUGCCUACAGAGAUGGAGCUCAUCGAGAUCAUCCAGCAAAUCAAAAUGAAAUGGGGUGGUCACGUAGACUUUGAUGAUUUCUGUGAGCUAAUGGGGCCAAGGAUGCUGGCUGAGACGGCUCAUAUGGUUGGGCUGAAGGAACUUCGCUGUGCCUUCAAACAGUUUGACUGUGAUGGCGAUGGAAAGAUCACGUUUGAUGAGCUGAAGGAGGGCAUGAAGACCCUCCUGGGGGAGAAGCUGAAGAAAGGCGAGCUGGAGGAGAUCCUCGGCGACAUUGACCUCAACAAAGAUGGCAACAUUGACUUUGAUGAGUUUGUUAUGAUGCUCUCUGCACGAUGACCUCUGAUGGAAGAAGAUGGAGCAAACAACACUGGAUUCAUGAGCUGUGUACCAACUCGUGAUGACUGUCUCCUUCCUGCUACUGUAAUGCUUUUCCUGUUGCAUUGUGUAUUUGAAAUCUCUGACUGUAAAAAUUACACAUAAUGUAGUUGAAGAAGAAAUCUGUUUAUAUUUUCAUAA